CGCACUCAGUCGCGCGCCGACCGCCGAAUCGGCAACACGCCCUUAACAUCUCCUUAUAACCUUAGCACCCGCCCUGACGUUGUGCAGUGACCGAGUGAGAACGCAUACGCUGUGAUUUGUUUUGAGUGUGACGUCACUAAGUGCAAGUUGUGAACGUAACAUAAGUGUGUUUUAGUGCACUAUGCGGUUGUUAGCAACGUUAUGAAUGGUCUGGAUCGCUGCUUCUUCGAUCAACGUGAGUCUCAACAACAUGGAGAUGACUGCAGUUAUAGUUAUAUAAGCCUGGGCCGGCUGCACCCGUACGGCUCGGGCAGCGGCAGCGGAUCCAGCAACGGCAGCGGUCGUCGGCGCACGCGCAGCCGCGGCCUAUCCGACUCGCCAACAGCGCCCACUACACCCACGUCCGCGUCCGACAACGCGUCAGACGCGACUCUCACCGACUCUGAGUUGCCGCUCGCGAGGGACUCCACUCUACUCGUGCAAAACGGCAUGCUGAGAUCUACAUACGACCGGCCGGAUCACGAACGUUGUCUUCUGGAGGGUUCUCGGUUACCGCCUGAUGUGCCACCGCGGAAUCCAACAAUGUCUCGACUGAACGGCCGCAUCACGGGCAAUCCCGCUGACCUGGCCGACUUCGAGCCCUCAUGCCUCGUGCGUACGCCCUCGGGAAACUUCUAUGUGCCUUCAGGGGACAUACAAAAGAAUCCGUCAAUGGACUACAAGUCGAAUUCAUCGUGUAGUAGUCCAGGGAAACAAGACAAAAGUACCUUGGAGAGGAUGGAGAGAAGCGACAGGUCUCACCCGGCGUUCGGUGCGCCGGUGCCCGUCCUACCUGUUCGUAACAAUCUCCGCGCCUCUCAUUUCCCUCCUGCUGCCUCACGGUUCCACUUCAGGAAAGGCCUCUCUUCUAGAUGCUCUUGGAAGUGUACCGCAAUAGUGUUCAUAAUACUCUUCGUUCUUCUAUUUGCCAUCGCCUCUUACAUGUCAGCCUCAUAUUUCGUCAACUUGUCAUAUCAGAAUUCAAAAGCUUGUACAGUACUAGUCGGUGAAUCAACAGAAGUAUUUCCAGCGUCGAAGGCAACGACGCUCGAAUCUAGUAACAAAUCGCUUACAAGACCACACCAGAGUGCGCCUUCCUCGGGCUCAGGUAAAGAGGAAAAUCAUUCUCGCCCACGUAGAAGUGUAGAAGGGCAUGCUUCUGUAUCACCUUCUGUUUCUUCCAUGGAUUCUUCCACUGCUGUAGAUAUGCAUGAACUAAUCACUACGCCUUCUGUGAACACUGUUAGUUUAGUGCAUGGUGUGGCGUCGGUUCAAUCCGAUGAAACUACCAUCACUCAACCAAAUGAAGAAGAUGGGAAGGGGUCUAAUACGGCUUUUGUGUCUAGCAAUAUUAAUAACAUAACAGUGACCAAUAACAUAAAAGAUACUAAUAACGAAUCAGCUAAUAUUGGUAAAGUAAUGGUAAAUAAUACUAAUCAUCAAAACUUUUCGUUUGAUAAUUUAGUUACUAAGGAACCUAGUAUUACAACUUCAACAACUUAUACCACUUAUAAAAAUGUCAUGACAAAUAAAAGUAUCAUUCCCAUAAAGGGUAGCACAGUCACUAGCAUACCUACUGAAAAAAAUAAAUUGGCUGUAGAAGAACCAAUUGAACCUUCGUUAAAUUCUAUAAAUAAUGCUGCUGAAUUGAAUGAGGAACUCGACAAUAAUAGUAUUGCAUACGAACCAGAAUCUAUGCAAAGUGAUUCAUUUCCGUCGAUAUAUUCAUACGGUCUAUUAAAGCUUGAAUAUCUAAAGUUACUAGCUAAAUUGAAUGACGUUAAUGAAGAGUUACAUAUACAGAUAAAUGACGAAGACGAUCUUAAUAAAUUUCGUUACAAAGCUGAAGCCAGUUCGCUUGAAACUACGUUAGGUUCAACAGGAAUAAUAACCACAACUACCAUACCAAUAACAUCUACCUUAACUACAAAUACAAAUAAACCAACCACGUAUAAUAAUGUUGAAAUAACUAAUAAACAAACCACGUAUGAGAGUGCUGAUUCCACCACUACAACUCUAUUGACUACACAUGAGCAUGUUGGAUCAACAUCAUCAUCACCAUCGAGUGUCACUAAUCCUAACAAUGUGGUAACCAAUACAAAUUCAUCAACAGAGAAAUCUAAUAAUGAAACUUCUACUGUAAAUAUUGCUGCUGAGUCUAGGGUUCCAGAUGUAACUUCUAACCCAAAACACGUUUUGAUUAACUUAACAAUAUCUGCUGAUGACAAUGAAAAUUCAUCUUAUAAACCACUUUAUUCAUUAACAGUGACAGUUCCUACAGUUGGUGAUAGUAAUGAGAUUCCAACAGUAAAAAUUACUCCAAUGGACUCUGAACCUACCGCACCAACUAAUUUCAAUAAACCUAAGAUUGUCGAAGGCACCACUAAAUCAGAUAAAGUAGUCGAUACUGAAAGUAUAUGGGGAGGAAGUUGUGAAUGUUCUUGCCCCGUGUGUAAUGAUAACUCGACUGAUGAUUUCUAUGAAGAUUAUAUGGACAAAACAACAGUGGUUCCAAAAAAUGGUACAACUCUCGAAAGUCCUGAAAUUACGAGUACAACGGAACUUUCAACUUCAACUGAAAUUGAAGACUUUGCCGAAGUAAGUAUAGAUACGAGUACUGAGGGAGAAGCUACAACUACCGACGGCACCGACUAUCCUACUCAAACAGAAGAAGUUGCUUGUAGUACAGAAGCUCCAAAAUGUGUAUGUCCAAAGGUUAAACCUCCACCCAUACUUAUAUUGGAAGGUGCGCGAACAUUCCCCGCGCAGUCGUUCCCACCAGACGGGACGACAUUCAAACAAAUUACUUUAGGUGAAAAAUUAUCAAAAGAAAUCCCUCCAUAUAGUUAUUGGAACAUGCAAUUCUAUCAAUCAGAAGCAUCUUAUGUGAAAUUCGACUACAUGAUCCCACGAGGAGCUUCAAUUGGUGUCUAUGCGAGACGAAACGCACUGCCAACGCACACGCAGUAUCAUAUAUUGGAAGUACUAAGCGGAUUCAAAGCGAGAAGUACAAGGGCAUCACAUCCAUCUGUCAAGAAAGAAGUAACACAUUAUAUGGAGCAAGGCCACUGGUUUUUGUCAUUGUACAACGACGAUGGGGAUCCUCAGGAGAUCGCGUUCAUUGCUCUCGUAGCUGAAGAUAUGACGCACAACUGCCCUAACGGUUGCUCAGGCAAAGGAGAGUGCCUUAUGGGUCAUUGCCAAUGUCAACCAGGUUUCGGAGGAGAUGACUGUAGUGAAAGUGUAUGCCCAGUCUUAUGCAGCCAACGUGGUGAAUAUAUAAAUGGAGAAUGCCAGUGCAAUCCUGGGUGGAAAGGAAAGGAAUGUUCAUUGCGACAUGACGAAUGCGAAGUGCCUGAUUGUAAUGGUCACGGGCACUGCGUUAAUGGAAAAUGUUCCUGUGUGCGAGGUUAUAAGGGCAAAUUCUGUGGAGACGUUGACUGUCCACAUCCAACUUGUUCGGGCCACGGAUUCUGUAUCGAGGGUACUUGUGUCUGCAAAAAGGGCUGGAAGGGGUUGGACUGCGCGACCAUGGAUAAAGAUGCGUUACAGUGUCUACCAGAUUGCUCAGGGCACGGUACCUUCGACGUUGAUACACAGACUUGCAGUUGUCACGUACGAUGGUCCGGUGACGAUUGCUCAAAAGAGGUGUGCGAUCUAGACUGUGGUCCCCAUGGAAGAUGCGUUGGAGAAUCUUGUGUUUGUGACCCAGGUUGGACAGGAGAAUAUUGCACUUCAAAACUCUGUGAUGCCCGUUGCAGUGACCAUGGGCAAUGUAAAAACGGCACUUGUCUAUGUGUAUCUGGGUGGAACGGACGACAUUGUACUUUAGAAGGAUGCCCGCGAGGAUGUGCCGGUCAUGGUCAAUGCAGAGUAGCAAAUGAUGGGCAUUGGGAAUGUAAAUGCUUCGAUGGAUGGGAUGGACCGGACUGCACUACACUGAAAGAACAAAUCUGUGACGAUUCUAAAGACAAUGAUAAAGAUGGUUUAGUCGACUGCGAAGAUCCUGAGUGCUGUCAAAGUACCGCCUGCAAAGGCAGCCAACUUUGCGUGUCAUCGCCAAAACCAACAGAUAUUCUACUCCGCAAACAGCCCCCAGCAAUCACUGCUUCGUUCUUCGAAAGAAUGAAAUUCCUUAUUGAUGAAGGAAGUCUGCAAAAUUACGCCAAACAGGAGACCUUCAACGAAAGUAUGUUUUGGAAUCACUUCAACACGAGUCGGUCAGCGGUGAUCAGAGGGCGUGUUGUGACGUCUCUCGGCUCGGGACUGGUCGGCGUGAGGGUUUCCACCUCCACCCCUCUCGAGGGCUUCACUCUGACGCGGGAAGACGGCUGGUUCGAUUUGCUCGUGAACGGAGGCGGAGCAGUUACUCUACACUUUGGGAGGGCGCCUUUUAAACGCUCCUCGCAAGUUGUUUACGUGCCUUGGAAUGAGGUUGUGAUCAUCGAUGAGGUGGUAAUGACGACAUCUGAUGAGAAGGGCGGUAUGGGAGGCCCACAGGCGUGCCUGGCGCACGACUACGACGCAAUGAAACCGGUGGUGCUGGCCACGUGGAAGCACGGCUUCCAGGGCGCUUGUCCAGACAAAAGUGCCAUAUUGGCUGAAUCACAAGUUGUUCAAGAAAGUCUACAGAUACCCGGUACAGGGCUCAACUUAGUCUAUCACAGCUCAAGAGCAGCCGGCUACCUUUCCACCAUUCAACUGCAGCUAACUCCUGAGAAAAUGCCACCGACACUUGCUUUAAUACACUUGAGAAUCACCAUUGAAGGGAUACUCUUCGAGAAGACAUUUGAAGCGGAUCCAGUCAUAAAGUUCACCUAUCCUUGGAAUAGACUGAAUGUUUACAGACAAAGAGUGUACGGGGUGACCACCGCGCUAGUGAAGGUCGGGUACCAAUACACUGAUUGCAAAGAUAUCAUCUGGAAUGUCCAGACGACCAAACUGAGUGGACAUGACAUGAGCAUAUCUGAUGUCGGCGGAUGGAACCUGGAUAUCCACCACAGAUACAAUUUCCAUGAAGGUAUCCUCCAAAAGGGUGAUGGAACGAAUAUCUACUUGAAACACAAGCCGCGUCUCAUUAUCACCACAAUGGGUGACGGAAGACAGCGUGCCCUGGAGUGCGGCGGCGCCGGCGCGGACUGCAGCGGGCCGGCCGCGCGCCAGCGGCUGCUGGCCCCGGUGGCGCUGGCCGCUGCUCCCGAUGGUUCAAUCUUCGUUGGAGACUUUAACCUUGUGCGCAAAAUCAGCACAGAUGGCACUGUACGGACGGUGGUCAAAUUGAAUGCCACCCGCGUCUCUUACCGAUACCAUAUGGCUCUGUCACCCCUGGACGGUACCCUCUACAUCUCCGACCCAGAAUCGCACCAAAUUAUCAAAGUUCGCAACACUGACGACUACAGUGACCCUGAACACAACUGGGAGACAGUCGUUGGUUCUGGUGAGCGAUGUCUACCAGGCGACGAAGCACACUGUGGUGACGGUGCAUUAGCCAGGGACGCUAAACUCGCGUAUCCCAAAGGUGUAGCAGUUUCAAUAGACAAUGUCCUUUACUUCGCUGACGGGACAAACAUUCGUAUGGUAGACCGAGACGGCAUUAUAACCACCGUCAUUGGUAAUCACAUGCACAGAGCCCAUUGGAAACCAAUCCCGUGCGAGGGUACAUUGAGUGUUGAGGAAGUGCACUUACGAUGGCCGACAGAACUCGCUAUCAACCCACUGGAUAACAGUCUCCAUAUAAUCGAUGAUCAUAUGAUCUUGCAAAUGGCUCCUGAUGGUCGAGUAAAAGUUAUCGCUGGAAGACCUCUGCAUUGUCCAUCACCCAUGAGUGGAUAUGACAUGGAGUUGGCAACGUAUGCUACAUUAGUCAUGCCACAGAGUAUUGCUUUCGGUGCAGCUGGAGAUUUGUACGUUGCUGAAAGUGACUCUCAAAGAAUAAAUAGAGUCCGAUUGAUCACCACUGAUGGCAAGAUAUCUUUGUAUGCUGGUGCUGAGUCUAAGUGUAAUUGUUUAGAAAGAGGCUGUGAUUGUUUCGAAGCUGAUCACUUCCUAGCUUCUAACUCAAAAUUCAAUACAAUAUCGGCUGUAAUCGUGAGCCCUGAUGGUAUAGUCCAUAUUGCCGACCAAGCCAACUACAGAAUUAGAUCUGUCAUGGCGAGUAUUCCUGAUGCUAGUGGAGCAAGAGAAUAUGAAAUAUACUCACCCGAUACACAAGAGACAUACAUCUUUAAUAGAUUUGGUCAGCAUAUAAUGACGAAAAACAUUCUGACAGGCGAAAAUAACUACGUGUUCUCAUACACUGUCAAUACUAGCAAUGGAAAACUUAGUACUGUAACAGAUGCAGCUGGAAAUAAAGUAUUCCUUCUCAGAGAUUAUUCCAGUCUUGUCAACUCCAUAGAGAAUACCAAAGGUCAAAAAUGCAGACUUAAAAUGUCUAGGAUGAAGAUGUUACAAGAACUUAGAACACCCGAUAACUUCAAUGUGACAUUUGACUAUCAUGGUACUACUGGUUUAUUGAAAGCUAAAUACGAUAGUACUGGAAGAAGUUACAUCUACAAAUAUGACGAAUUUGGCAGACUAACAUCAGCUGUUACACCAACUGGAAGAAUCAUCAAUCUAACAUUCGAUCUCAGUCUCAAAGGCGCUACAGUUCUUGUUAGUGAAAACAACAGAAAACCUGUCUCAAUUCUAAUAAAGGGAUCUUCAGUAAAAACCAAAGUUGGAGAGGCUGAAAAGAAGACAAUAAUCUCAACAGACGGCAGUAUUACUUCCAGUUUGCCAUGGGGUCAUGUUAUAUCUACCGAUACUGUUCCUUACACUAUACUAUCAGAAAUUGACCCUAUUUUGGGAGAAAGUUACCCAGUACCAGCUAAACAAAGGACGGAAGUGGGCGGUGAUUUGGCAAAUCGUUUUGAAUGGCGAUACUUCUUGCGAAGGCUCCUGUCAAAUAAAGGAAAGAGUAGCAAAGCUGUAGCACAAAUAGGCAGGAAAUUAAGAGUCAAUGGUGAAAAUCUUCUCACUCUUGAAUAUGAUAGAGAUAGCUCUACUGUCGCCGUAUUCAUGGAUGAUAAAGUCGAACUACUAAAUGUCACAUACGAUAGAACUGCAAGACCAGUCAAAUGGGGACCGCGAAAUGGCAUAUUUGCAGAAGUCGAACUCGAAUAUGAUAGAUUUAAUAGACUGACUAGAUGGAGUUGGGGAGAUCUAAACGAAACAUACGGCUUUGAUAGAGCAGGACGGUUGCACGAAAUCCGAUAUGGCGAUGGAUCAUCUUUAGCGUACUCUUUCAGAGAUAUGUUUACUAGUCUGCCAUUGAAAGUCACAACACCUAGAGGUAGUGACUAUCUUUUAGACUAUGACGAUUCUGGUGCUCUGCAAAAUCUUACUACACCUCGAGGCCAUAUUCACACGUUUGCCCUUAUGACAUCGCUUGGGUAUUUCAAAUACCAAUAUUUCUCACCAAUGAAUAGACAUCCCUAUGAGAUUUUGUACAAUGAUGAUGGCCAUAUCUUAGCAAAAAUAUUCCCACAUCAGUCUGGAAAAAUUUUGUAUGUGUAUGAUAGCACUGGCAAAUUAGAAACCAUUCUUGCUGGCGCAUCUGCCAUAAGAUACGUGUACCACGAAAAUACGCAUCUCGUUAAAAAUGUAGAAAUCACCGAUCCCGAUUAUGAACUGAAACAAGAUUACAAAUAUCACGCGGGCAUACUGAAAGAUGAGAAAAUGAAGUUCAAUUCAAAGAGUGGACUCAACAACGCCCAUUUCAAGUACCAGUAUGAUGGUAACGCACGUCUCUCUACUAUCGAUGCUAAUAUCAACAGCAAAGAAAUGCCCCAACUCAGACUGAAAUAUAACCAGAACCUUGGCAUUCUUGAAGGAGUGAGUGACUUGAGAAUUUACAGGAAUACUUUCAAUCGUUCAGUCAUGCAGGAUACCAGCAAGCAGUACUUUACCAUAACAGAUUACGACGAUCACGGCAGAAUUAAGACGGUACUAAUAAACAUUAAGUCCUUUGAUGUAUUCCGCCUUGAAUUGGAAUAUGAUGUGAGAAAUAGGAUAAAAACGAAAAAGAUGAUGAUUGGCGACACUUCGUCCAAUGAACGAAUUAGCUAUAACUAUGAUGGUCACUUGAUGGAAGUAGUUGGAUCCGAAGACGACUGGAAAUAUGUUUACGAUGAGAAUGGUAAUGUGAUUGGUGUCAUCGAACAUGGAGAGAAGCGUUACCUCGGCUACGAUAUUGGCGACAGAGUUGUUCAAUACGGCGAUAUAGAAUUCAGCAGUUAUGACGGCCGUGGCUUUGUCAUUCGGCGUGGUGAACAGAAAUACAGGUACAACUCACGUGGUCAAUUUAUCCAUGCGUUCGAAAGGGAUAAAUUCCAGAUGUGGUAUUAUUACGAUGAUAGAAACAGACUUGUCGCUUGGAAGGAUGAUAAAAGUAACAUUACUCAGUUCUUCUACACUAACCCACAAACGCCUAAUCUGAUAACACAUAUGCACUAUCCCAAGACCGAGAAGACCGUUCGAUUCUUAUAUGAUCAGAGAGAUUUCUUGACUUGUAUUGAGACAGAAGAUCAACGGUUUUAUGUCGCUACAGAUCACAAUGGUUCACCUUUAGUUGUGUUUGACGUUAAUGGUGAAAUCGUAAAAGAAAUAAAACGUAGUCCUUUCGGAAAAAUCAUCAAAGAUACUAACCCAGGUUUCUAUGUACCUGUGGACUUCCACGGCGGUGUAUUUGACUACAAUACCAACCUGAUAUAUCUGGAGAACAGGUUAUAUGAUCCUAUGGUCGGACAGUGGAUGACGCCGAGCUGGGAACAUCUUGCAACCAAACUGAGUCUACCGACAGACAUAUUUAUAUACAGAUUUAAGAACAACGAUCCUAUAAAUAAGAACCAGAAUGUUCCGUAUAUGACUAACUUGGGAAGCUGGUUACAACUGUACGGGUAUGAUCUAAACAAAAUGAUGGGAUCGAAAUAUAUCACCGAUAUGAUUUUCCAACCGAUGACAUCAGUCACUGCCUCUCAAUUGGCCCCCGAUUUUGGAGUCAUGUCUGGACUUCAGUGUAUCAUUGAAAAGGUGAACGACAAAUUAUCGGAUAUAGACUUCGUGCCUACUCCAUUACUGAAAAUGGAACCGAUAACAAGGAAUCUAUUGCCCAGAGUGUCCUACAAGCGAGGAGUAUUCGGUGAAGGAGUUCUCAUCUCGAGGGUCGAUGGCAAAGCAUUUAUCAGCGUAGCGGAUGGCGCCAACAGUGUAGUUGAAGACGUCAUUACAACAGUCUUCAACAAUUCGUACUUUUUAGAUGUGCACUUUAGCAUUCACGAUCAAGAUGUGUUCUACUUUGUGAAGGAUAACUCGCUGAAGAUCAGAGAUGACAUGGAAGAAUUAAGGCGGUUAUCUGGAAAAUUCAAUGUGUCACAAGAUGAAACGAAUGACCAGGGAUUGGAGGUACGUGUUCAUGCGGUUGGCAAAGGUUCCGCCCAAGCAGUCAUAGUUCUGCGUUACGGCGUCGAUCCAACACAAGAGCGUAUUAAACUGCUAAAACAUGCUCACAAACGAGCCGCCGCCAGGGCAUGGGAGAGAGAGAAGGCCCUAGUCGCCGCUGGCUGGGAAGGCCGAGGAUCUUGGACAGAAGAAGAGAAGGAGGAACUAAUCUCCCACGGAAUCGUAGACGGGUGGGCGGCCAGAGACGUCCACUCGGUGUCCAAGUACCCACAACUAGCGGACGAUCCCGCGAACAUAGUGUUCGUCCGCGACGGCAGAAGAAAACGAAGAAAGAGCGGCAGAGCGCGCCACCGCUCGUGAUUUUUCUGAACGUGCCAUAACUCAACGCCUGUACACAGAAAGUGAGAAACGCGAUCCACACUCGACUAGAUGGCUGUUCUUGCGUUCUGAAACUCGGUAGGGUUUUAGUUCUUACUGUUUUUUAUAGGACUGAAGUGUUUUCGUAGGUCUGCCUCGAUAACGGUUUCUAAAUAUAAAGAAAAGGCUCUUGUGAUCGGUGUAGUUCAGAAGAUAUUCGUAUGUAAGAUUAGAACUGAAGGUAUCGAAGUGAAAGAAUUAAAAUUGACUCUGAAUGAUACGGAUAGAGUUUAUUACGUUUAUGUAGGCUACAGCAAAAUUGUUUACAAGCGAGCUCAUUUCGUUUACGUACUUAGGCGUAUGUUUAAUCCUAUCCUAGCUUAUUAAUUUUCGCUCCUUAUUUGUCAGACUGAAACGAAUCUCUUAUACUCCUCACAACAGGGUACCGAGUCAUAAUUAAAAACAUAUGUAAUAAUAAAUCUAAACAAUAUGUCAAACAAAGCAUAAUAAUGGAACCAAAAAUACUCAAUUGCGAUCACACUUUAUAAACACAAUUGAUAUUAAUUUAUUAUAAAUAUUUUAUUUAAUCCCAUGUACACAUCACUUAGGAUAUUGUUUACACAAAAUCAUGUAUACCCAAACAUAUUUUAGCCAAAUAUUUCUUUCUCUAUAUUAGGUACUUGUAAAUAAUAUUUUAUUCUUGUAGUGGUUCCUUUAAUGUUAGACCUAAGGUCUUUUUUACUUCGCAAUACUAUUACUAUUUAAGCAAUAAUUUUAUAUUUUUUAUAAACCACAUGCGUCUGACUCAACCGUCAACCGUUAUUUUCGCUAGUACUGCCAUUGAACCUUGUCGCAUUAAAUUUGCAGAGUGCAGAAUUCCAUUUUCAAAUCAGUUCCCUCUAACAAUAGAUUUUGUUCGGAGCGACAGAGUUCUAAGUAGACACACUAAUCCAGUAAAAGUAGCAAGGCCUCGUAAAAUAAAAUAGACGAAUAAAUAAAUUAAUUAAAAUUUACAGAAACUUUAAUACGUACAUUCUGCAUGUGUUGUGCAAUAAUCAAACAGUAGGGCAUACGGUUACUGAACCGUUUAGGGUCAUACUUCUUGCUGACUUAUUAAGCCGCAUGUUUCCUUAGAGACUGAAUUAUUUUUUAAUUUAUAUUGACAGUGUGGGCAGGUCUACAUCGCAGCCAGUCUCUUCUAGGUUUUAUCAGAAAAAUACUGUUCGCACAAAAUUGGUUUUACAAAUUAAUAAUAGAUCUAAACAAUAAUUAAUAUAUACGUUUUUUUUACUAUUAUUAUUAUUAUUAAGACAGCACGUGCGAUGUAGACUUGCCCACACGGUCAGCCGCUGACUUGUGACUCGUAUUUCCUAAUGAUAAGUCAGCGAGAAGCAAAAAAAAAAGUUGUAAUUAAAAAAAAGUAGUAUAUAUAAUAGUACAUGUCCAUAAAUGUGUCUCAUUUAAAUUGUGGUGUCUAUUCCGUGUUAGAAUUACUUAUUAAUGCUAGUUGACUGAGUGGUUGGUGAUAUGAAGCGGAUAUUUUUACAAAAAUAUAAAAUAUAUUGGGGAAAUGGAAUAUAAACUCCCGGGUCCGCGGCGUAGACCCAUGCGAUGGUGAUAUUUUUUCAAAAUGUGACUAAACGAAGCAAUACAUUGUAAUGUAAUACGUCUUAUCCUUUAUUUAGUAAUUAUAAGUAUUUUAAUUUAAAUUAAUAAUAUAUAUAUAUAUAUAUAUUAUAUAUAUAUAUCUAUGUGAAUGUAGUUAUUCAUUUCGCGGUGAUAUUUACUAGAGCAGUAUAUUAUCUUUUUUAUAAUGUAUAAAGAUUCUAAUUUGUAAAUAGGUACUUAAUGAGGAUGUAAUCUGUAAAAAUAUUGUACAUAUCUUUACGCUUUGAUUAUUUUUAACGUAAACCCAUAAGGAAUUUAGUGUAACUGAAAAAUGUAAUAUAUCAAACUGUUUCGGGCGGAAGGUUAUAAUACUAUUACACGAACUCGACAGUAAAUAUGGAGCCUGGAAUUGUAAGAUCUGAAUUCUAAUAUAAAUGUUAUGAGUAACUCAACGGAACAUUUGAGUGCUCACAAAAUGUCUUGAAUUGAGUUACUCAUCAGCAGAAUCUAAAUGCAAUAUGUGUACGUUUAGCUACCAUCGACAAUUUACCAUAGACUUCAAUUUUUAGAUUUUUAGAGAGCUUGAAAGAUACGGAAUUCACGAUAAAACGGUAUUUACAAGUAGAACUGAUUCCUCGUACUGCAUUUAAUUUAUACUACUGUAGAUAACGACGCGUAGACACCAAUAAGCUUUGUACACUGUGACGUUGCGUAAUUAUUUAUUAUAUUUUAGUCUCAAUUACAUUUUAUAUACACUAUGAAUUAUUAUUAAAUUACUUAUCAUAACAAACAAAAUAAAAUAAAUGUAUUUUAAAUAAAAAUUAACUAUGAAAUAAUAAUGCCCUGUUUAAAUGUGUUUUAUAUCAAAAUAUAUUAAGAAUAACCAAAAAUAUUUAAAAAAAAAUUGUCCAUAUUAAAAAAAAAAUUAAUAACAGCUCAAAUUAUUUUUAUGUGAUUUCUAUGAUUUGAAUAUGCAUUGAAUAUAAUCCACUAUUUAUAUACUUAAACAAUUUUGUUAAUUGAUAACAUUGAACUAUUGCAAUUUAUUAAACUUACCUACUUAUCUAUACAUAAGAACCUCCUACCUACCUAAUGUACCUUCCUAUCUACUAUCAUGUUUUCCUAAAAAUAUAACCUCAUUUAAUCUAUCACCCCAUAUAACCAUAAAGAACCAAACCAGUAAAACACUCGUAUGUUUUCUUAAAAUGUAUACCUUUUUAAGGUAGAUAUUUUACUCGGUAUUUUUACUGGUCACUCUGUUACCCCUUAACUCUAUCUCCCACCAUAUAACCAUAACCCUGAAAAGACCUAUAGGUACACUGAAAAAUAGGCAAACUAAUUUUUUUUUGUAAUAGUUUGUGCUUGUGUGAGUAAUUUUCAGUUAACACUAUAACUUGUAUUAGUGUGUGGUAGCCCGCAACAGCGCAGUGUGCUAGCUUGAAAUCUUUGAAUGUGUAUAGAUAGUUUACAGUCAUACUCGGUUAGUUUGGCUCGUGUGCGUGCUACGAGAGGUGAUGUAAGCAUGUACAAUAAUAAUUAUAGAAGUAUUCUAAUGGAAUAUGUAAUAAAAUAUUAAAAUAUAAA